GACAAAGCCAUGCGAAUGGCCAACAGAAUUAGAAUUCGAAACCAGUUUUCAGGCGUUCGGGUUUCAGGUGCUGGCUCCAAAUCCUACAAGCAAGCAGUCUCAAGAGCCAGUCUCGAGUAAAAUCACCGCCUGCCCCCUGCAGGCCACUGCGCUCAAUCUGUUUGGGAGCCCUGGGCCCCGCCUCCAGGACUGGACCCCGCCCUCACGCCCUGUCCCGGCCUAUUAUUGGGUUACCCCCGCAUGUCUCCCCAACUUGGUCCCUGAACGCCUGCUCCGGGCUGGAGUUUACCCCUGCGGUGACCUUAAGACCUCACAUUCUCUAGAAAUGUGUAUCCCAGACACAUCUCUAACUCAGUGGUGUUAGGAACCCCGGAGCUGGGCGACAGGGUUUGUCGGAGCUCUUUCUCAACUGCGCCGACCCGGAAGCGGUUUAUUUUAGCAGAGACUGAACUAUAGAGAAUGACCUUACUUCUGCCAAAAAUGUGAAGAAAACAUAAGUGGCCAAGACAAGAAGAAUGAAAUAGGUGGCAACCAUUUUGAGGACCAAAGCCAUUUGGGAGCCUAACUAGAGUCUGUCACCUCUCAUCUCCACACAACCAGACCACAGGCCAUUUGCAGGACCUACUUCAGUGGCUGACAUCACAAAGAAGACGUUGCACUCGGAAGCCUUUUCCUGAAUCAUGGGGCUUUGGAGACAAAUGCUGCGGACUCUUCCAUUUGGCCCCAGUGGGAGGAGGAGAGGCACCCAGGGCCGGGCCUUUGGCUUAUGGCCACCCUGUCCACCUCUACCCAGGCUGUUGAAUGCCACAGAGCUAGUCAGCCACUGGACAGGGAUCUUUGAGAAGAGAGGCAUCCCAGAGGCCCAAGUAUCUAGUGAAUACAUCGUGGCUCAUGUCCUUGGAGCCAAAACAUUUCAGAGCUUGCAGCCAGUACUUCGAACCCAACCCCUGACUCCUCAACAACUGCUGUGCAUUCAGGAGCUGUGUAGCUACCGAUUGCAGAGGAUGCCUGUGCAGUAUAUCCUUGGGGAGUGGGACUUUCAGGGGCUCAGUCUGAAGAUGGCACCCCCAGUGUUCAUUCCACGGCCUGAGACAGAGGAACUGGUAGAAUGGGUACUGGAGGAGAUGAGCCAGAGGCCCCAUGUAAUAGGACAAGAUGGCCCCCGCAUUCUGGAGGUGGGCUGUGGAUCAGGAGCCAUCUCCCUCAGCCUGUUGACCCAGCUCCCUGAGAGCCAAGUCAUUGCUGUGGAUAAAGAGGAAGCCGCCAUCAGUCUGACUUCUGAGAAUGCUCAGAGGCUUCAGUUACAGGACAGGAUUUGGACUAUCCUCCUCGAUGUGACCUCAGAAGAGAGCUGGACACAUCUUCUACCGUGGGGCUCUGUGGACCUGGUUGUCAGCAACCCUCCGUAUGUCUUUCACCAGGACAUGGAGCAGCUGGCUGCAGAGAUCCGCAGCUAUGAAGAUCCAGUGGCCCUGGAUGGUGGGGAUGAGGGCAUGGACAUCAUUACUGACAUCUUGACCCUGGCACCUCGACUUCUGAAGGACUCUGGAAGUAUCUUCUUGGAAGUGGACCCAAGGCACCCAGAGCUUGUCAGUAAUUGGCUUCAAAGUCAGCCUGAUUUGUACCUCAAUCUUGUGGCUGUGCGCAAGGACUUCUAUGGGAAGCCCCGGUUCCUGCAUGUACAGAGGUCUGGGCCAUAGUGUGGUCCCCAGCCUGCCUGAGUGCCUGGCUGACCCUUCUUGGAGUGAUGGAUGGUGCUUUCUAGAACCCCAGGUGCUUGCAGCACUCCCAUGGUUUUGUGAUUCCUUAUGAUGCACACUUCUGAGAGACUUGGAAACAAGGAUUGGGGUGUCCUUCCUGGGCAGCAAAAAAGCAUCCACAGUUUGACUUAGAAGCUGUGCAGACUCAUGUUUCCAGUCUAGCUCCAUUACAUCACUGUGACUGAGGACAGGUUGCUCCAUGUUCUUUUUUGUGGAAUUGCUGUACAGGUUCUGGGAAAUGUGGACAUUGAAGCAUCAAGAAACUGACAAGUAGCAA